AUGCCUGGCUAUUUCCCUAAGGAAAUGGGAUGGCCAAAAAUCGCUAAGAUUACGCCUGGUUUGAUUCGUGCCACGGUUUAUAAACACUUGCAUCGGUAUAUGCCCGCUAUGAAUCAGGCAAUUAUCUCGCAGCUGCAGACCCUAGAGUUCAAAGACGGGGAAUGCGAAAUUGGCUGCUUUGAUCUGGCAUACUCGAUCGUAGCUCGCAGUGGCAGCUUUGCUAUUGUGGGCUCGCGGCUUUCUCAAAACGAGGAAUAUCUUAAAGCUGUCAAGGACCACAUCCUUGGGAUGAUAGUGACCACUCGUGUACAAUUUCUUGUUCCAGAUUUCUUGAAACCCUACAUUGGUGGGCUCAUCGGUCGCCUCGCCACUCUUGGGACUAGUUGGGAUAUGCACGCCUCGCGUAAGAUUAUGCUAAAACACUUCGAUGCACGUGCAGCAGAAUAUCACGCCGAGAUAUCCGGUGGCAAGGGACCUAGUGAGACUAAUCUUGACAAAUCGAACACUCCGGUUGAAAUCUUCCAGUGGCUGUAUGAGAGCAGUGUUCUUCGGGAGCGAUGGACAUAUGCAGAGGUGAUAGGCGAAAUGUUGCUGCUGCAAUUUGCCUUUAUCUAUACCACGUCCUAUGGACUGUACGGCGCCCUGGCUGAGCUAGCUCGACGACCCGAAUAUAUUGCACCCCUGCGUGAGGAAAUUGAUAUGUUUUUCUCCGCAAUGGGACCAACCGUUCCAGCCUGUGAUGGCAUGGUUUUGAUGGAUAGUUUCUUGAAGGAGUGUCAGCGGCUGCAUCCCCCUUCAGCACUCUCUGCCCAUCGGGUCUGUGUUAGUGACCUCAAACUUUCCAACGGAAUCACACUCAAGCAGGGCUCCCAUGUAGCCGUCCCAAGCGGAAUCAUCCAACGAUCGAGCGAGCACUAUGCGAACCCUGACGCGUUCGACGGUUUCCGGUUCGUCAAGCGUGCAGCAGCUGGAGCCAAGGACUCCCGGCUUGUCGACCUGAGCCCAGAUUAUCUGGUUUUUGGAAUGGGCGCACAUGCCUGCCCUGGACGAUGGAUGGCUAGCGCGCUCAUGAAGCUCGCCUUCGCACAUAUCCUGGAUCAGUAUGACGUACUCCUUCCUAAUUCGGCCUCCCUGCCCUUGACUGGCUCGCUGUCAUUCGAGGAGUUUUAUGUGCCCAACUUUGGAGUAAAGAUAGCUCUGCGCCAGCGCUAG